AUGUACCAUAGUGGUCAAAUCUGUGGUAACUGUUAUGCUUCUGGCAGUGUAGCUUGGUUUGAUUAUUGUGACAAGGAUAGAAUGUCAAUGACCGAGAUAGACAAUAUGGUGAGGGAGUUAGGCUAUGAUGGGGUGAUUAGUUACUGUUAUAGUAUCCCUAUCUAUAGCAAUAGUGGCCUAACAAAGCUUAAUGAUGAUCAAGAUGUCAUAGACAUGCUUGUAUUUGUACCAGAGACAAGGCUAAUAGACAUCUUCCUACAUCAUGGGGUUGAUAGUUAUGAGCGUUGGUUUUAUAGUCAAUCAGGAUCAAAUAUGUUUGUUGAUGUAGAAGCUGAUAUUGUGCCUAACAGAGGAGUUGUGAUUGAGGAGCUUAAUGACAAUUAUGGGGCUAGUGUUCCUGGUGCAGAUGUUAAACUGGAUUCAGAGGAGUAUGAUUCUAAUAAUGUGCAGCCUAAAUAUGACUGUGAUGAUGACACUCCAAUGAUGGAUAGAUGGCCAGAGUUUAAUCCGACAACUGACAUGGUAGAUCUAGAGUUUGAGGUUGGGAUGAAGUUUAGCGAUUGUAAAGUUUUUAGAGCGGCUGUGAGAGAACAAUUUAUAAAGAGGAAUAGGGAUGUUGUAUUUCAUGAGAAGACCCUGCAGAUUAAGAAAUAUGAGGGUGAACACACUUGUGGUAUUGUUUGGGAGAACCCCACUGUGAAGUCUAGUUGGCUGCGUGCCAAAUAUAUGGAAACAUUGAAGAGCAAUCCAAGUUGGCCAGUUAGCUCAUUCAUGGAGACUGUGGAGAAGGAUUAUAAGACUGGAGUUUCUAGGCAACAAGUUUAUAGGGCAAAAGAAAGGGCAUUGAGACAGAUUGAGGGAAUAUACACAGAGCAAUACUCCAGAAUUUGGGAUUAUUGUGAAGAGUUAAGGAAGACCAAUCCAGGAACAACAACCAAAGUUCAAUGUGAUUUCAAUGAACAAUUGGGUCAUCCAGUGUUUCAAAGGUUAUAUGUGUGCCUAGGUGCAUGUAAAGCAGGGUUCAUUGCUGGAUGCAGACCCAUUAUUGGAUUGGAUGGCUGCUUCUUGAAAGGUGUAUAUAGAGGGCAAUUUUUAGCAGCAGUUGGUAUAGAUGCUAAUAAUAAAACAUGGGUGAUUGCAUAUGCAGUGGUUGAGUCUGAGUGUAAGGAGUCAUGGGUUUGGUUUCUGGAAUUACUGGUAAAGGAUGUAGAGAUUGUUAACCAGUUUGGAUACACUUUCAUAUCAGACAAGCAAAAAGGAUUAUUACUAGCUUUUGAGCAAGUUGUUCCUAAUAGUGAACACAAGUUUUGUGCAAGACAUCUGUUCACCAACUUCAUAUUACAAUUCAAAGGGAAAGCUUUGUCUGACAAAUUCUGGGGUGCUGCAAAAGCAACAACUGUUCCACAGUUUGCAAGACAGAUGGAGAGCUGA